AUGCCUUCUUUCCUCCACCGCCUGCAGCGAAGGAGCAGCCGCCCUGCGACUGCUAAGCCGAGUGGGAAGCAUGACGAACCAUACCCAGACGACCAUGCUAAUGGGCACAACGGAAAUGGCGUCUCCCAUCGCGUAUCUUCCUCAACCUUGAACUCGUCGCGGGUUGGAGGCUCAGACCCGUCAACAACGCCAGCAACGUCCACCACGGAAGACAACGUGGAUCAGCCCAAGACACAUGGCCCGACACCGCUGCCUAUGCGCUCGCCAACUCGGGCGCAAAGACCUGGCGCCGACCCUGUCAAGCGCUACAGUAUGAAUCCCCUAAUUGUCUCGCAGGUGCAUCAGCAAGUGCUUCUCAUAUUCGGACAGAUCGGUGAAACAACGAACAAACCGCUGGACGGCUCACUUACGGUUAACCACCAUCAGGGCCGAUUCCCACCCACUUGCUGGCCGGUACACGACUCCUACUUCAAGGCCCUCGUUCACCUCGAGCCUGGAUGGAAUCGCAUACGCCUCGAUUUUACCUCGCCCAAAAUAUCGUCCGGCAACACCUCUGUGCCUAGUCAUGCUACCUUCAUGAACAUCAAUUACCUCCCCUUGAAUCAGUCUCCACCUCUUCAGCUUGCUAUCAUCCUUGGUCACGAUUCCCCAGGGACAUACGAUGCACCACCAGAACGGAUACAGCGUGAAGGCAACGGGUUGGAGCUCGCCAUCAAGAAGUUUCGCAUGGCGGCAUAUCUGUGGCAAGCAUUCACUGGCGAGCAGAUGAAUCGCUAUGGCUUUGGCAGACGUUGUUUUAGAUUCGAAGACGCCUGGGAGCCGGGUACACUGAGUUACCAAGAUUGGGGCAAUACUGAGUACCGAACACAGGCGAAGAUACACGUCAUACGUUCGAAGCGAAGCGUCGCAGAGAUUCGGGAUCUUGAACGCGCUCAACAGUACGGACCUGGAUCGAGGAAGGGUGAGCUCUUCGAUAUUGCCGCGGAGGCGGUCAAGGACUACUUUCACAUCGCACCAGGAAGCAAGCAAUACGUUUCGUGCAUGUUUCUGGACUCAACAUGGGACACUCAAGAGAAAACAAUUCGCGGACAUGCCGCGCUGGGUGGAGGCAUGGCAGAGUUGGGACUGGGCAUAUUCGGCUCACAAGCGCUGCACAGCUACCCGUCUAGCAUCGAAGAGGUGUUCCAAGCUUUCCAUGACUGCACCCGAACGGAUACUGCUUUUGUCGCGAACGACUGCGGCGAAUCCGGCAGCAACUGGGAGGCUGCAAACAUUGGAAUUGGUGCGCAUCUCCACGAAACUGGUCACCUCUUUGGUUGUCCUCAUCAAGAAUCUGGUGUCAUGUUGCGCGACUACGUAACGUUCAACCGCACCUUUUCCUGCCGCGAACCCUACUCCACCCGUACGAAAUCACCUGGCCAAAGACUAGUGCUUCCGCCAGACGAAUGCAAAUGGCACCGACUGGAUGUGCUACGUUUCCGGUUCCACCCCUGUUUCCGGAUACCAAUUGACGGCAACGUCAGUGGCGAUGGCAGUGUACAAGUGUGGACAGUCGAUCCUGGCCAGGGUGGUGUGAUUGCCACAUCGAAGUCAGGCAUUGCUUGGGUCGAAUUGUAUGCCGAGGGCGACGACGUGUGCCACCACUGGCGAGAAUUCCCUGAAGUAGAUGGCCAGUACCCGCGGCAGGUUGCACUAGACGAGACCGCUCUCCGCGGUGAUCUCGGCAAGGACAAGCAAAAGUCGAAGCUUAAGGUCGAGGUCUUCUCGGCCGGUGGAGGCUCCCACAUUAUCGAGGAUUUCAGUCGACUCGCAAACCAGAAGAUAGCUCGCGUCAAGAUGCCUGGCGGACGUUUUGGUUACCGAGGUAGCAAGCUUGGUUACUCCCAGAUGGAGGGCUCACAACCACAUGAGGUAAUCUUGGACAGUGCGCACAUCUCCACUAAACUUCUUGUGGCCAUCAAGGUCUAUCACGGCAAUGCGGUAGAUGGACUAGAGUUUAUAUAUGAGGACGCCACGAGCCAACUCUUCGGUAAGCGAGGUGGUUCGCCAACCGACUUCACGCUUGACACGCGAAAAGGUGAGCUACUCUUGGGCUUUGCACUGCGUGCGGGGCUUUGGAUCGAUGGUCUACAAAUCUUGACAAGUCUGGGGCGGAAGAGUGAGUGGUUCGGCAACGCAAAUGGCGGCAGCGGAGGUUACACCAUCGGUGGCAUCUCAGGAUCGAGCGCCGCAUGGCUGGAUGGCUUCGCUCUGAUUAUCACGCGUUGA